CAUUAAACAAAAUUGUACUAAUUACUGUUAGAAAAUUUUCGUCGUUUAUUUAGUACUAAACCGUCUAUAUAAACAGACCAAGAGAGCACUAAUAUUACCCCAUAUAAACCCUAACCUUUCCACGAUUUGGUUUCAUCAGUUAAUAAUCAUUCAUUCAUUUGCUGUCUAAUAGGAAUUGGUAAGCCAUCGAUGGCACCUCCUAAAAUCCUCGUAGCACUUUUCCUAGUGUCGUUGUUUCUUGUUCCGGUUGUUUUUGGCUAUAGGACUAACGAUGUGAGAUCAUGGUGCAGAAAAACUCCCAACCCACUGCCAUGUGAAUAUUUCUUGAGCCAUAAAUCAAAAAACACACCAAUCAAAGAUGAGCCUGAUUUUCUCAAAAUCUCCAUGCAACUCGCUCUAGAGCGUGCCAAACAUGCUGAAAGUAACACGUAUUCAUUGGGCCCAAAAUGCCGAAAUGAGCGUGAAAAGGCUGCAUGGUCUGAUUGCCUUAAGCUCUAUGAGCUAACCAUCCUCCGCCUCAACAAAACUGUUGAUUCCAGCACCAACCUCAACAAAGAUGAUGCUCAAACAUGGCUCAGCACAGCUUUAACCAACCUCGAAACUUGUCGGACCGGCUUUAUCGAACUUGGGGUCCCAGAUUAUCUUCUACCCAUGAUGUCAAAUAACGUGUCCAAAUUAAUUAGUAACACACUAGCUCUCAACAAGGCACCUUACAAGGAACCUAGCUACAAAGAUGGAUUCCCGACAUGGGUGAAGCCCGGUGACCGGAAGCUUUUGCAGUCUCCAACAUCGGCUUCUAGCGCGAAUAUCGUGGUCGCACAAGAUGGUUCAGGGGAUUAUAAGACGAUAAAAGACGCGAUAUCGGCUGCUUCAAAGCGAUCAGGAAGUGGAAGGUAUGUGAUAUAUGUGAAGGCAGGUACAUACAGGGAAAAUGUUGAGAUAGGUUCCAAGCUGAAAAAUAUUAUGCUGGUGGGCGAUGGCAAAGGGAAGACAAUUAUCACCGGAAGCAAAAGCGUCGGAGGAGGAUCCACCACUUUCAAUUCAGCCACCGUUGCUGCUGUUGGAGAUGGGUUCAUUGCUCGUGACAUUACAUUCAGAAACACAGCUGGUGCAAAAAAUCAUCAGGCAGUCGCUCUACGUUCAGGCUCUGAUCUCUCAGUGUUCUACAAAUGCAGCUUUGAAGGAUACCAAGACACUCUCUAUGUCCAUUCCGAGAGGCAAUUUUACAGAGAAUGUGACAUCUACGGAACUGUUGAUUUCAUAUUUGGCAAUGCUGCUGUUGUCUUCCAAAACUGCAACAUAUAUGCACGGAAUCCUCCUAACAAGACCAGCACCGUGACUGCCCAAGGUAGGACUGACCCUAACCAAAACACUGGAAUUAUCAUCCAUAACUCUAGAGUUACAGCUGCUUCCGACUUGAGGCCGGUACAAAGCUCAGUCAAAACAUAUCUAGGGAGGCCAUGGAAACAAUAUUCGAGGACGGUUUUCAUGAAAACGUUUCUUGAUAGCUUGAUUAACCCAGCUGGUUGGAUGGAGUGGGAUGGUAAUUUUGCACUUAAUACAUUGUAUUAUGCAGAGUAUAUGAACACUGGCCCUGGUUCAUCCACAUCUAAUAGAGUCAAGUGGCGCGGCUACCAUGUUCUUACUAGCGCAAGCGAGGCAUCAGAAUUCACCGUCGGCAAUUUUCUCGCCGGAAAUUCUUGGUUGCCUGCCACUGGUGUGCCUUUCACCUCUGGCCUUUAAUUUGUUUCAAUUUUAUAUGUAUGAUUUUGAAUUAAUUCAACUAUAUAUUCAAGUAUAUUAAGGCAGGCAAAUAAAUAAAUAAAUGAACAAUAGCACCAAAAAUGCUUCUUUAUACA